GUCCUAAAACUGAGCGCCACCUUAAAACCUGGGGUAUAAAGUUAAAAUCCUUCGCCGGAUUGCGAAUUUGUGAUCGUCAAUUCUGAUCUGAGAUAAUAUAAUGAUAUGUUUUCCCAGUACUGUGCGCACUAAGUCAAGAUAAAUGUCAGUUGAUUAUGCAUCUAAGCUGUCCUACUAUCCCAACAAAGGAGUUUGUGGUGUACCUGAAGUUCUCGAUGACGAUUCCCAACUAAAUUUUAAACUCACUGAACUUGUUAAUUUGGUACGUCGAUCCACCUACAUAGUUGUGCAUACUGGAGCUGGUAUUAGCACAUCAGUGGGUAUACCGGACUUUCGAGGUCCUGGUGGUGUCUGGACGUUGGAGAAAGUUGGAAAGAAGCCUAAACUUUCUAUACCUUUUGAAAAAGUGAUUCCAUCACUAGCACAUCGAGCUCUUGUUGAAUUGGAAAAACAUGAUGUUGUCAAAUUCUUAGUGACUCAAAAUAUAGAUGGGUUGCACUUGAGAUCUGGCUUUCCAAGAGACCGUUUGGCUAUUCUUCAUGGUGAUAUGUUUCUUGAAUCAUGUAGUGCUUGUGGAACUUUAUACGCUCGAUCAACACCUUCAGGAUCAGUGGGUUUACGGCAGUCAUCAGUUGUAUGCACCUAUUUGAAACCUAAUAAACGGUGUUGCAGAGGAAAGCUUCGUGAUACUAUUCUUGACUGGGAAGAUGACCUACCACUCUUAGAUUAUAAUCUUGCAAUAGAACAGUCAAAAAAAGCAGAUCUUCAUAUAUGUAUUGGCUCAUCACUACAAAUGUUCCCUGCUGCCGGUCUUCCUCUUACAAAUGUUUGUAAGACUGUCAAUAACAGAAGUACCAACAAUUGUCCUUCCAUUCAAAAUGAUUAUAAAAUUGAGAGUUCAAAGAAUCUUGGAUCAAAACUAGUAAUUGUUAAUCUGCAGCCAACAAAAAUGGCUAAAUAUGCAACUUUAAACAUAAAUGCACCGGCUGACUUCGUAAUGAAAGUAUUAUGUGAAAAAUUAAAUAUAUUGGUCCCAUCCAUAUCUCCACUCAAUAAUAGUUUGUAUUCACCAGUAAUUGUUUUGAGGUCAAUGCAUUCCAAUUUAAAAGCACAAUGUCCAUGGCGUAUUCUCCCUCAUCCAACCAAUAAGCAUUCACUUCUCAUUGUUCAAACUAGUAGUCAGUGCAUGGAACUAAAAACAAAAAAGGAUGAUGAAACGAGCUGUUUUCAGUCUGAAAUUGCUACAAACGAGUCACGCACUGAAGAAACUGACUUCAAUGGAUCUGAUAUGUUAAAUAGAGUUCUGUUUCCCUCCCGGUUAGUCACUGUACUUGGUUCAUAUUUAGUCGAUCUUUUUAUAUUACGCUGUUGCAUACGUGUUGAUCAUCAUCAAGUUUCAGCAAAGCAGACUAAAAUUCAAAAAAUAUUACAUGCUGUACAAUAUCAUUCUGUACCAACAGCUUUAUUACUUUAUGCAUCAUGCGCAUUCGGUGGGAGUUUAUGGUCUACACGUACAAUUGUCAAUGUAUGGGAAUCAAUUUAUGUUUCUUUAUUUGGCCUACUGUUCUUGGAAGUUUUGGAUCGUUUAGAGCAAUCAUCUGAUCCUACUGUGAAUAAACAAUCCUUAAUUCUUUUCAUGUGUAUUCAGUCUGCUGUUGUUGUGUGGGGUACAUUUUUGCGACCUACUUAUAUUUUGUUCAUUCUUCCAUUAGGAAUUAUCGAAUUAGCAUUCAUCUUAGUCAAGUUUAAGUACAUUUCCAUGAUUCUUUGUUUACCAUCUGUUCUACUUGUUUUUUUCAAUACAUUCAUUUGUGUAAUAAUAGAUACAUUAUACUUUCACAAUGUGAGUUUAUUACAAGCUUUCCAGGUCGAUUUUUCACGAUUUAAGUUGAUAUAUACACCUUACCGGUUUUUAACUUAUAACUCCAACUCAUACCAUGUUUCUUCCCAUGGCUUACAUUCUCGAUUUACACACUUCCUUGUUAAUUGGCCUUUAAUAUUUGGACCUAUUUUUACAUUUCGUUUAUUCACUCAACCUUUACAACGUCGUUCAAUUUCGUCGUGUAUUGCUUGGAUCAGUGUGGUAUUCCCUACAUUUGUUUUGUCUAUUAUACCUCAUCAAGAAGCACGUUUUCUUAUCCCAUGCCUACCGUGUGCUUGUUUCGUUGUUGGUCAGAGUGUUGAUGCUAAAGUCAGACAUACAAAACGAAAAGACGUUUCAUGUACUUGUAUAAGUAUUAUUGUACUAUGGAUAUUUCAUCAGUUUAUCUUGAUUUUAUUUUAUGGGUACUUACACCAAGCUGGGCUAUUUUCUUAUAUGAGAACCAUUCCAAGUAAUGUAACUGGAUGCGUCACUCAUGUAUUCUUCAGAACUUACAUGCCACCUCGUUUUUUGUUAAAUAUACCUUUAGAAAAAUCUUCACAUUAUCCAUCACAGUCUUGCAAAUCACUUAUCGAUUUAGGAGGAUCUAAUGUGACAAUUUUAAACAAUACAAUAAACCAUCUUAAAACAUAUCAAAAUUUCUCAGGUAUACUCAAAUUGGCGUAUCCUGGAUCCAUACAACCGUUGGAAAAUUUACUUCUAUCCUCUUGGGGUAAUGUCGUUAUGUGUGAACAGUUCUUCCCACAUUUAUCAAUGGAGAACCCGCCAUCCAUUCGUCAUCCUUUUGUUUACGAAAACUGGAAAUCUCAAUUAUCAUUACACGUACUAACGAUCAAAGUUUAACUAAAAUAUAUUUUCAUCUAAAUUUUUCUAUGUGCUAAUGUACUUUUUACAUUCGUUUUUUCCAUAAAUCUAUUCGUAUACC